CGCCACCCCUCCAAUCUUACCUCCAACUUCAGCCCUAUUUCCCAAGACACUUUCUCUUCUUUUUGCCAAGUGAAUGUAGCAAAGAAAGCAAGAGAGGAAAUAAAAAAAUGUCCCUCCCAAACAUCUACCACCUCCGUCGCGUAGCAGACACAGCCGCCAAGGCAUGCUCCAUCUGCUACAAGCCGUCUAGUUGUGUUUUGAUCACGCCUGAUAAUAAGGACUACUUCUACGUAUGCGCCGCCCACCUCAAGGACAGACACUUUUGCACGCCGAUCGUCGAUACCGAGGGUGCGGCUGCGAAGAAGAAGAGGGAGGAGGAGGAGGCGCUGGAGAGGGAGAUUGAGGUUGUUAAGAGGGAGUAUGAGGAGAAGCAGCGGCGGAAGAAUAAGAGUAAGGGUGAAGAUGGGAAGGAGGAUAAAGACGGGGAUGGGGAUAAGAAAGAGAAAGAGAAGGGUAAAGGGAAGGGGGAUGACGGUGAUGCGAAGAAGAGUGAGAAGGAGAGGGAUGAUAAGAUUGAUUCCCUUAAGAAAUCAGCUUCGUCGGAUGAUACCUCGCCUCGGAUAUUUGCUUUACACAAAACCUUCUACCAACUCCGCCUCGACAGACUCCGCAACGCAGAAACAGCCCGACGCAACCUGCAACGCAUGCGAGAUCCGUCUUUUUUCCCCUCUGUUCCGUCCGGGGGUGUUUAACUACUCUAAGGGGGCCGGGGGGCUUGAUAGACUAGAUCAUUUAUUAUGGGUUUAUCUAUUCUCUUAAUCUGAUUGAGUGGAUGGUGGUAUUUGUGUAAAUUUCUUUCAGCGUGGUUGCGCAUAUGUAUAUAGAGAGAGAGACGAAUGCAUGUGUACAGG